AUCAGCGUAGUGCCACGGUUGUGCUCUCGGAAAGUACCCAGAAGCAAAGGCAGAAGCAGCAGCAGAUCUUGUUCCAAAUAGUGUAGUUCCAGCCAUCAAACAUACACACAUUUACACCCUCAACAUUUGCUACCUAACCUAUUGAAGAGAGAGAAAAAAAAGGAAGAAGAAAGUUCAGUUCCGAUCGUGUGGCGGUGAAAGAGCAAAAGAGAAGGCGAGUGAGAAAUUGAUUUUGCCUGUAUAUUUCUUGCUGCAAUUUAGUAAUCGAGUUCGGAAGUUUUCAUCCAAUCGUUGAUUGAUAGUAACCAUUGUCAAAGUGAAGUGUGUAGGUUGUUUGUUUGGUGUCUAGUGGCAGUAUCGGUUUUCAUUAAUACGACACUCUGCCAAGUGGAACAGUGACUGAGCUAGUUGGAAAGCAACCUUGUAGUAGGAACGAAAGCUAAUCGAAGCAGGAUUGAGUGAACGGCUUAGCGGCAGCACUCAUUGAAGGAAUAUUUCUCUGUGAAAGUACAUACAACCAGCUUCAAAAUUACCACUUCAAUCAUGACCAACAAAGUUCUAGCGGCCGUACCAGACCUACAAAAACAAAAUGGCGAAUCGCAGAACUCCGCUGCGGCGUCAUCGGGCGGCAGUAAUGCUCGCACCAAUCUGAUUGUCAACUAUCUGCCCCAGACAAUGACGGAGGAGGAAAUCCGUUCGCUGUUCUCUAGCGUCGGCGAGGUAGAAAGUGUAAAAUUGGUUCGCGACAAAAAUGUCAUCUAUCCUGGUCAGCCGAAAGGGCAAAGCUUAGGCUAUGGGUUUGUUAAUUUCGUACGACAGCAAGAUGCCGAACAGGCAGUGAACGUACUGAAUGGAUUGCGCCUCCAGAACAAAGUGCUGAAGGUAUCAUUUGCCCGGCCUAGCUCGGAGGGUAUCAAGGGAGCCAAUUUGUACAUUUCCGGUCUGCCGAAAAGCAUCACGCAGGAGGAGCUGGAGGCUAUUUUUAGACCAUACGGUGAAAUUAUUACUAGUCGGGUGCUGGUUCCGGAUGGAAACGAUAAACCUAAGGGAGUAGGUUUUAUCCGUUUUGAUCAGCGGAAGGAAGCCGAACGAGCUAUUGCCGCAUUGAACGGAACAACGCCAAAAGGUCUAACCGACCCUAUCACAGUUAAAUUCUCCAACACUCCCGGACAGAACACUGCUACGAAAAUUGUUCAACCAACUUUGCCGGCUUUCUUGAACCCACAAUUGACCCGCCGUCUCGGUGCCAUCCAUCAUCCGAUCAACAAAGGAUUAGCUCGAUUCUCACCGAUGGGAGGUGAGGUGUUGGAUAUGAUGCUGCCGACGGCUCCCACAAACGGUAUCGGUGCCAUUUCGCCAUCGGGAGGAUGGAGCAUUUUCAUCUACAACCUGGCCCCCGAAACCGAAGACAGCACCCUCUGGCAGCUGUUUGGGCCAUUCGGUGCGGUGCAGAAUGUGAAAAUCAUCAAAGAUUCGGCCACCAACCAGUGCAAGGGAUACGGCUUCGUUACGAUGACCAACUACGAGGAAGCAAUGCUCGCCAUCCGGUCACUCAAUGGAUACACCCUGGGACAGCGGGUUUUGCAAGUCAGCUUUAAGACCAACAAGUCUAAGUAAUUUUCUUAAUUUAUUAAUCAUAUUAAUCAGUUUUUAAUUACAACUUUACCCAAAAUAUCAACACACACUAACACCGCUAGAUGAUUUCCCUACAAUCCUCGCGUGAUGAAAAGAGCAGCAGUCAACAAUUUUCAUCAAUGUUGCUAAAAAUAUCGCCAUGAUUAUUAUUUUGGGACGAUUGGCUCCCUUCUCCAAAAUGAUGAGGUUUUUUUUAGAUAAAUUUUUGAAGCAUCCGGCUUUUACACAGUAUUUUUGAGAGACGCCAUCGGGUCUCGGAUUCAUCGCAAUGAUGAUUCAAGACCAAUCCACCCUCGAAAACGCGCGCGUGCUAGUGUGUACAGUGUAACAGUCGUGUACCAACGCAAACAUGUAUGUAUACAGCCAGCGCAAAACACUUGCAAUCAAUUUAACGAGAAUUGGAGUGUGAAGAAAGAGGGUGCAUUUCUCCCUGUGCCGACAGAAAUCAUACAGGAGGAACAUGUUCCUGUGUUGAGUUUUACUUUUAUUUUUUCCUUUUGGCCUCUCGUCGACAUUAUCCAGCCGAACGCCGUGUGUUCCGACAAAGUAUGUAGAUGCGCAUGCGGUAGAACACGGCUGUCAUAAAACACGGAAUCCUCAGUCCGUGAAGAACGAACCGUGUGCGAGAUUUUAUUAUAUUGAGCUAGCUAGUGUAGAAAUAAAAACGAGGGAGUUUGUUAGCAGCGAGUAGGUACGAACAGAAAGUGGGGACGUCGCGUCGCGAAUUCUCGCAAUACUUACACAUGGUGUGUUGUAAUUGCCAUUUCCCUCGAGGUUUAUGCCAACAUUUACAGCUAGUUACGAUUUCAUUCACUCAUACUAACCAUCACGGAUGAUUGCUUUCUAGCGAAACAGUUCGUGGUAAACUGGUUAGCGCAUGUGUUUCACAGUGGCCUGUUUCACGUUUCUUCUACUGUUCGAGACUCUCGAGAAGUUCAAUUAACAUCUCCGGCUGUUCACUUCCUAAGUAAGUGGGGCUGUACGGCG